AUGUUUCGUAUGAUCUACAGCCAGGUUGACGUCUUGAUGGUUGACGUUCAGUGGAUUCCACUUGAAGAAACUAUCCGCAACAACUUAAAACUAACUGCAAGUCGACUAUCCUCAACAUCACGACCACCUGCACGCCCAUGGAUAGAACUGCUGGCCCCUGAACGAAGGAUUCAGACACGUAUCCCAGCAAAAACUCGCUCGAUCAAGGCGAAUAUCAAAGUCAACCAACUGCUCUGCCUCCUCCAAGUCCAUGCAGCUUCUCUUACCCCACAGCGGCCGGUUAAGCAUAUAAAAAGGCAGCCGACAGAUACGAGCUCCCCCUCAGGGCAUCUAGUUCCCCCUAUCAACAUUCUAUCUAAGAGCGCCAUCUAG